UGAAUCAAUAAAUGUGUACCUUCAGAACUGCAUAAAGUUUACAACUGUAAUGUUCUUACUACCACAGCUGCAGAUCCACAGGCACAGUGCUCAGUGCCUUCAAUCACAAACGGUGGGGUAUCAGAAGGUAGCAUCUCGAACCCCGAUGGCACCUCCACCAAAACUGCUCAUUUCACCUGUCACCCAGGAUACCGCCUAGACGGCUCGGAGACGCUUACCUGCUUGAAUGGUGGGAUCUGGGAUUACCCUGAGCCCACUUGCAUCGUUGACAGUACACCGUGUCCGGACGUGUCACCUCCAGCAAACGGCGCCGUCCAGAACGGUGGGCAGAACACAUACAGCUAUGACCACGUGUUGAGUUUCACCUGUAACUAUGGUUACAGCAUGGAAGGUGGCGACAGUAUCACGUGCCAGACAGACGGCACAUGGACCGGCACCGCCCCAACAUGCAACAUGGUCCUGUGUCCGGAGCUGACGGGACCCACCAAUGGUGAGAUGGCCGGCUUCGAUAGGGUGGGAGACGCCAAGGUGUUUCAGUGUCAUACCGGGCACGAACUCCAGGGGGCCGCAAACACCACGUGUCAGGAAGACGGCACCUGGAGCGACCCUGUCCCUUCCUGCACUCCCGUGGAGUGCCUUAACCUGACAGCCCCAGAAAACGGCGAUAUGAGUGAGGGCCGAGUCUACCAGGACGUGGUGAACUUCACCUGCGACAUCGGCUUCGACCUGUUCGGGUCGUCGGUCACCAUGUGUCAGGCAGACGGCGAGUGGAGCCACCCUGUCCCGUCAUGUCCUCCUGGGGAGUGUCCACUGCUCAUAGCUCCCAUCAACGGAAACAAGACGGGUAACAACUGGAUCGGACACGUGGUGGAGUUCUUCUGUGAUGAAGGCUACGAUCUCGUAGGUGAAGCAAACACCACCUGUCUUUUAAACCGUACCUGGACUAACCUGGCACCAAUCUGUAGAGCUAUAGAGUGUCCGACCGUCUCAGCUCCGAAGAAUGGGGGCAUGAGCGGUUCCUACUCCUACCUGGACGUGCUGGCGUUCACCUGCCAAUCAGGGUACAACCUGGAAGGUGUGACGUCAAUCAUCUGCCAGGCAGACCGCACCUGGAACGGCACUGCUCCGAAUUGUACAGCCGUGCCAUGUCCACCACUGACGGCGCCCACAAACGGUUCAAUGAGUGGAGAAGAAUACUACCCGAGUGCUGUACAGUUCGAGUGUGACACUGGGUACAACCGUGUGGGCCCGACCAGCAUCAUUUGCCAGGCAGAUGGCACGUGGAGCGCAAGUCCCCCAGUCUGCAACAUCGUAGUGUGCCCGCAGCUGGUAACCCCCGACCAUUGCUCCAUGAGUGAGGGCAGUGUGUACCAGGACGUGGUCACCUUCACCUGUAACGUGGGGUAUGAGAGGGAAGGUGUGGCCAACAUCACGUGCCUGGCGGACGGCACCUGGACGGACUAUCCACCCACCUGCCCAAUCAUCAAGUGCCCGCUACUGAUCGGACCUUUAGAUGGCUCGUUCACCGGUGAGAACUCAUACAUGGACGUCGCGGUGUUCAGCUGUAACCUGGGUCACGAACGUCAAGGUGCGGAGAGCAUCACGUGCCUGCCUGACAAAACCUGGAGUGGCGAUGUGCCAACGUGCACAAGAAUACAGUGUCCGCCGCUGACAGCCCCUGUCGACGGCUCAAUGAUCGGAGACAACUUGUACCAGGAUGUGGUGCAGUUCAGCUGCAAUCUUGGCUACGACCUCGUCGGCUCGGGAAGCUCCAUGUGCAUGCCAGACCGCACCUGGAGCGACGAUGUCCCCUACUGCACACGCGUAGAGUGUCCUCCGCUGAAGGUUCCGUUAUGGGGCAGCAAGUCAGGCAACAAUCUGUACCAGGACACAGUACAGUUCACCUGUGAGCUGGGUUGA